AAGGAUUCUUGUGACCAGGAUAAGAAGCUAUUUUAUUUACUACCGAUCAGUCCGUCCCGAGAUUAAACAUGUUUCAGGUGAAGAACAUCUGCUGCAUUGGUGCCGGGUACGUGGGAGGUCCAACCUGUACCGUCAUAGCCCAGAUGUGUCCCGACGUCACGGUCACCGUGGUGGACAUCAACGAAGCCAGAAUCCAAGCUUGGAACUCGGAUAAACUCCCCAUCUACGAGCCUGGUCUCCAAGAAGUGGUGGAAUCUUGCAGGGGGAAGAACCUUUUCUUUUCAACCAACAUCCCCGAAGCCAUCAGAAAAGCCGACAUUAUCUUUAUUUCGGUCAAUACUCCCACAAAGACCUUUGGCAUGGGUAAGGGUCGGGCAGCUGACCUUAAAUACGUUGAAGCGUGUGCAAGGCAAAUUGCAGAGAUAGCUGAUGGAUACAAGAUAGUGGUAGAAAAGAGUACCGUACCAGUAAGAGCAGCAGAAAUUAUUCGACGGAUCUUCAAAACAAGCACCAAGCCCAGCCUUUCUUUCCAAGUUUUAUCUAACCCCGAGUUCUUGGCAGAAGGUACAGCCAUUGAAAACUUAAAGAACCCAGACAGAAUCCUUAUUGGAGGUGAUGACAACCCAGGAGGACAGGAGGCCAUUGCAACUCUCAGUGCCAUUUAUGAGCACUGGGUUCCCAAGAGCAAAAUUAUCACCACCAACACCUGGUCAUCUGAGCUUUCAAAGCUGGCAGCCAAUGCUUUCCUGGCUCAGCGAAUCAGCAGCAUUAACUCAAUCAGCGCUCUGUGCGAGAUCACAGGAGCCGAUGUUGGAGAGGUGGCACACGCCAUCGGUACGGAUCAACGCAUAGGACGGCCUUUCCUCCAAGCUAGUAUCGGUUUUGGAGGGAGCUGUUUCCAGAAGGAUAUUUUGAAUCUUAUCUACAUCUGUGAGACACUCAGUCUUCAUGAGGUGGCUAUGUAUUGGCAGCAGGUACUGGAAAUAAACGACUACCAGCGCCGAAGGUUUGCUUCUCGCAUCGUAAGCUGCCUCUUUAACACAGUAGCCGACAAGAAGCUUGCUGUUCUGGGAUUUUCCUUCAAGAAAGAUACUGGAGACACAAGAGAGUCCUCCAGUAUCUACGUGUGCAAAUAUUUGAUGGACGAAGGGGCCCAUCUAGCUAUAUACGAUCCAAAAGUAUCAAGAGAACAGAUUAUUCGCGACCUUUCUCACCCAACCAUAUCCGGAGACAAUCCAGAGCGAGUGUCAGAAUUGGUAUCUAUUGCAUCAGAGCCCUACGAAGCUUGUGAGAAUACACACGCUCUUUUAAUCUGUACCGAAUGGGAUCUUUUCAAGGAUCUGGACUACGAGAGAAUCUAUCAGAAAAUGUUAAAGCCCGCGUUUAUUUUUGACGGAAGGAGAGUAUUGGAUGGUUUACACAAGAAACUGCUGCAAAUUGGGUUCCAGGUGGAAACCAUUGGAAAGAAAGUAUACCCAAACACUACAGUAGCUCCUGUUUACAAUCCGAGACAGCAAGAUCCAACACCAGUGAAGAAAGUUAGAAUAUAACUUCUAUUGUGAGAACCUUCUUCCUUGGACAAAGUCAUUUUAUUGUUCCCAGUGGUAAUGCCAGGCUCCAUGUUGUAUUUUUCCCCAUGACCAAUGUAGCAGUCAGUAUUUUAGUGUGCUAGAAAAGAAAAGUUCUGCCA